UUCACUGUCAGGAAAUCUAACCAAAACAAGAAAGUUUAUGUUCAUUUUUAUAUCAUGGAUAUCCGCCGAUUCUUUGCGCCAACAAAGCCUGUCGCAUCUACAGCUCCGAAAACCACCUCAGGCACCGAUGAAGAUCUGAAGAAGAAAAAGAAAUCAAGUGCAAAGGGCACAAGUCCAAAGUCUGAGGAAAAACCAUCUGGAAAACGGAAGAAAAGAGCUGUCAUAGACUCAGACUCGGAGGAGGAGAAGGUAGAGAAGAAAGCUAAGCAUAGUUCAAAAGAGAGUCAUAAACCAGAACCCGCGAAGAAAAAAGAUCCUGUUACCUAUGUCUCCGAAACAGAUUCUGACGGCGAUACAUUUGUAUCUCUGAAAAAGACAACCAAAACCAAAGAGAAUGGGUUGUCUAAAGAUGGGAAAAACAAAGGUUCCGACAAGAAGUCCAAACCGUCUCCUGCCAGCCCCCCCUCUAAACCGUCUUCAGCCUCAGGGAAAGGCGGGGUCAAGACCGCCGCGAGCCCCACCCCACCCAAAACGACCCCGACACCACCCAAACGCAAGCCCACCUCGGUGGUGGAUUACUUUGGCAAUGACACCGUACAGAGGUCUGAUAAAAAACUGGUUGCCAGCAGCAGCACCAAGAGGAAAGCACCCACACAGGACACAGAGGAGUCACGAAAUGAUAAAGCCAUCGCCAGACAGUUACAAAUGGAUGAGGACACUGAACUGGAAAAACAGAUACAUGAGGAUGAGGAGUUCGCCAGAGCGUUGGCCAUGGUGGACGAGGCUCCCUUGCCUAAAAAGGCACGUAUUGACUCUGUAGAAAAGUCUGGAUCUGUCUCAUCGCCCUCAAAGAAGUCUCCUCCGACCGCAGUAAACAGCCAGGACGCCAAAGUCCAGUCUCACAAGAACCCCUCUCCCAAAAAGAAUCCAGUCAAAACCAGUUCCAAACUGGCCCUGAUGAAGAGGAGGGACGAAGAACAGGCCGAGGAGGGGGCCAAAAAAGAGGAGGCAACACGCUCUCAGAGGAGCAAAGCGAUCGUUUCGCCGAAGAAAGAACCCGCCACACCCACCAGCUCAGAAAGGGCGGCCACGCCCAGAACAGGAAGCGCGUCGACGCCCAAGAGCGGGGCUGGGAACACCCCUUCCACGCACAAAGUCUCGCCCAAGAAGUCAGAGACGGCAAGUCCUGAAGAGGCAGAGAAAAAGAGGGCUAAUUCUGCAGCCUUCCGCAACUUCCUGAACAGAGAAGGUCCACGAGCACUGGGUUCAAAAGAGAUACCGCAGGGUGCGGAGAACUGUCUGGAAGGCCUGACGUUUGUAAUUACGGGCGUGUUGGAGUCGAUGGAGAGAGACGACGCCAAGUCUCUGAUAGAGCGAUACGGCGGGAAAGUGACGGGAAACGUCAGCCGGAAAACCAGUUACCUGGUACUGGGCAGAGACAGCGGCGCCUCCAAAACAGAGAAGGCUGAAGCUUUUGGCACAAAGAUAAUUAACGAGGAUGAGUUACUGGAGCUGAUCAGAACCAAACCAGGCAAAAAGUCCAAAUAUGAGACCGCUGCUGAGACAGAGAACAAAGUUGCUAAGCGAACACCUGACGUUUCCAAGCGAAAGUCCCGAACUCCCACCCCCACCAAGAAGAGCCCCGCGGCAGGGCGGAGUCAAGCGGCCAAGGCGUCCAGUGCUGCGACACCUCCCCCGUCAGAGGCCAGGAAAGGUCUGAAGUUUGGCAAGGGAGAAGCCACGCCCCCCAUGCCGCGCUCGACCUCAGAGGGCGAAGGGAGCAAUCUGUUAUGGGUGGAUAAGUACCGCCCCCGCAGUCUGAAAAAUCUGAUUGGCCAGCAGGGAGAGCAGAGCUGUGCCAAUAAGCUGUUGCGAUGGCUUCAAAACUGGCACAAACACCACGGCAACAAUGCCAAAGCUGCACCGGCCAGAUUUGGGAAGUUUGGUGGAAAGGACGAUGGUGCAGGGUUUAAAGCAGCCCUGCUGUCUGGCCCCCCCGGCGUGGGCAAGACCACCACAGCCGCCCUGGUCUGUGAGGAGUUGGGCUACAGUUACGUGGAGAUGAAUGCCAGCUGUACCCGCAGUAAGAAUAGUCUAAAGGAGGUGAUAGCAGAGUCCCUCAAUAAUACCAGUAUUAAGGACUUUUACACAGGAGCGUCUCAGACAGUGAGCACUAAGCACGUGCUGAUCAUGGACGAGGUGGACGGCAUGGCUGGAAACGAAGACAGAGGAGGAAUACAGGAGAUGAUAGGUCUGAUAAAACAGUCCAAGAUUCCCAUCGUCUGUAUGUGUAACGACCGCAACCACCAGAAGAUCCGUUCUCUCGCCAACUACUGCUUCGACCUGCGCUUUCAGAGACCCCGCGUCGAGCAGAUCAAGGGAGCAAUGAUGUCCAUCGCUUUCAAAGAGGGCCUGAAGAUCCCACCCCCUGCACUUAAUGAAGUUAUCCUGGCAUCCAAUCAGGAUAUCCGGCAGAUCUUGCACAACCUUAGUAUGUGGUCAGCCAAAGACAAGGUCAUGACCUACGACCAGGCCAAAGCAGACGCCAAAAACGCCAGGAAAGACAUGAAACUGGGUCCGUUUGACGUGUGUCGGAAGGUGUUUGCCUCUGGAGAAGAGACCGCCCACAUGUCUUUGAUUGACAAGUCUGAUCUGUUUUUCCACGACUACUCUCUCGCUCCACUCUUUGUUCAGGAGAAUUACGUUCACGUACGACCAGCUGCAGCUGGGGGAAAUCUAAAGAGCCAUCUGGUGCUGCUUAGCAAGACAGCCGACAGCAUUUGUGACGGAGAUCUAGUAGACAGACAGAUCCGCUCCAGACAGACCUGGUCUUUAUUACCCACACAGGCCAUCUUCGCGAGCGUGUUGCCGGGGGAGCUGAUGCGUGGUUACAUGAGCCAGUUUCCCACCUUUCCCAGCUGGCUGGGCAAAUUCUCCUCCACUGGGAAACACUCUCGGAUGGUCCAGGAGCUGGCCUCCCACAUGAGCCUCAAGACUCUGAGCAGUAAAGGAGCAGUAAAUCUGGAUUAUAUGCCGUACCUGCGCUCUGCUCUGCUGCAGCCGUUGCUGUCUCGUGGGUCAGAGGGCGCGGCACAGGCCGUCCAGAUUAUGGACGAUUACGACCUGAUUAAAGAGGACGUGGACAACAUCAUGGAGAUCAGCACAUGGGGAGGCCAGCCUGACCCCUACUCCAAACUCGACCCCAAGGUGAAGGCAGCGUUCACUCGUGCCUACAAUAAGGAGUCCCACAUGACCCCGUACUCCAUCCAGGUCGUGAAGAAAGGUCAACGCGCCGGCCCCAACCCUGACCUGGGAGAUCCCGACCGCGACAACGAUCAGGAAGUAGAGGAGGAAGACGAAGGGAUCACGUCCGACGCCAUGAUCAAGCAGAAAAAGGCCAAGAGCAGCAAAGAGUCAAAGGAGAGAAAGGAAGGGGGUUCUGGGAAGGGAAAAGGCAAGGGGAAAGGGAAGGGGAGAAACUGACCAAGAGCAAGAAGGGGGGGGGGGUUUCUUCAUCUUCCUUCUCGCUUUUCCCGACCCC